CCGCCAACUGUGGUGGCGCGAGCGUUUGUUGUGAGCGCGCCCGGCUUAAAUUUCGCGGGAAACCCUGGAACCUGGAACCAGCGACGGGAAAGAGUUGACUUCCUGUGAGUGAGGGGAUAAUAUUUCUAGUAUCUAGAAAACAAAUUCAAGAAUGAGGAAGAUCACAAAAAAACUGUUGCUUGAAAAAGGAACUCCAAAAUGCUCCAAUUUGGGCCAAAUCAAGAAAAUAAACCUUUCCAAUUUGAAUUUGAAAACAAGUGAUUUCGAUCGAAAGUUAUUUUCCCAGCUACGAACGUUGGAGGAACUUGAUGUGUCUGGAAAUCGACUGACAGAAUUUCCAAACAAUCUGGGCCUUAGCAACCUGAGGCUUCUCAACUGUGCCAAUAAUGAAUUGGAACAAAUUACAACACUGAACCAGUUUAGGAAUCUUGAGGAUCUCAAUUGUGAAGAUAACUUGUACUUAACAAUCUCUGACAUCUACAAGGUAAUGUACCUGUUGCCUAAUCUUCGACAACUCGAUGGCAAAGAUAUAACAUCCACAGCAAAUAAUCUGAAGUUCGUCAACAGCCAGAAGCUAAUGUCUCAAGUAACUAAUUUUUGGGAGAAAUAUUGUAAGAUCCAGUUCUCUGAACUCCUCCCAACAGCUGCUGAGAUCAGUGCUAUUAAAAAAGACUUUGUGAAAUCUGCAGUUGCUGAAAUAAAGUAUGGUCCAAAUUCUCUGAAAGAAUUCACAAAGUGGAGAAUGAAAACGAUAGCUACAGAAUUUGUGAACUCUUUACUCCAGCAAGAUCAGCAGAGAUCCUCUGAUGCAGAAGAAAAUGAAGAUGAGGAAGAAUUGAAAGCAAAUCUCACUGAUCAGUCCUCCGUUACAAUAUCUUCAACCAGAAGCGCCAGGCUUUUUACUGCACGUGAUACCACUAAGAGCAGAAAGCAAGUCAUUUCUGAAGUUUCCAAAAAAGACACUGAAGACAUUUCCAGAAGAAGUAUGAAAAUUCAGCUUGGAAAAGAAAGACAAUCUGCUCAGAUGGCUAAGUAUCCCAACAAAGCCAGUAGAGUUGACGUGAAAACAGAGCCGAGUACUAUGAAGAGGGAUCAUUCAGCUACACCAGUUGUCAGUGAAGAGACUAUUCCGAGAAAGAGACCAAAAUACAAGAAAACUCUAGUCCUAGAACCUCUACAUUUUCUGCAGAGCCACAGCAGGGAUAAUAAUCCUGAGGACUUGAGUACCCAGCUUUGGGACUGUGCUUUUGAACCGGAAAUAAAGAAUUCUCAGAUUCCAGGGCUGGUGUCAUCUCAAUCUGUUGCUACAUGUGGAGGGGAUUCCGUUUGCAUUAUUGACUGUGAAACUGGAAUUGUCCGUCAUAAGUAUAAAUCAGUUGGAGAGGAAUUCUUUUCCCUUGCUUGGACAACCUUAACUGUGUUUGAUAAGAAUCAGAAAAGAAAAUUCAACGUGUUAGCUGCAGGUGGAAAGAUGGGUGUUGUAAAGCUGAUGCAUGUAAAAGUGAGUUACUGCUAUGGGAUGAUAAAGGCUCACAAAAAAGCGAUCUCGAUUCUCUACUUUUCUCCAAAACAUGAAACGUUCCUCUUUACUGGAUCCUACGAUAAAACCAUCAUCUUAUGGGAUAUUGGUGUUCCAGAUAAUGACUAUAACUUCAGUGUGAGUCGGUUGCUGGUUUUGAAAGUUUGUUCAACCCCUUUGAAGAUGAGUCUUGUUCCAACCUUCCCUGAUCAAUACCUUGUGGCUGCCUGUGAAGGUGGAUGCUUUGCCUGGGAUAUCUCAUUAACUAACUAUGACAGCAAAAGAAAUAUUAAGAUGGAAUUUCUGUUCCCAGUCUGCAAUAAAGAAAGUGGUAAUCCUGAUUCAUUGGCAUUCUGCAAUGAUGAUCUUGUAGCUUCCAAAGGUAUCAAGCAAGGCUCUAUAUACCUAUGGAGCUGGAGUCAAACUUUAAAAAGAUGGAAUAAACGUCAAACAAAGAUUCAUGCAGUAAUUCUGAGAGAGGUGGAAUGGUCAAAUACAGAAGAAGUUUAUAUCGCUCUCACUGUUUCUCCAGUUGAAAACUAUCUCCUAUGUGGAGAUGAGAAAGGAGACAUUUGGAUGUAUGAUCUUGAUGGGAUCACUGAUGAAGAAAUGACUUCUGGCAAGAAGACUCCACCAACACAGAUUCUCAAGUGGCCAGCCAUGAAAUCACAAGGGGAAACAAUUGAAGGAACAUUGAUAAAUAAUGUAACCACGGACCCAGAAUGUAAUUACCUUGUAGCAGUGACAGACAAAAACAUCGUUGUUAUUUGGAAAAGAACAUAAAGUUUCAGCAAGGAAGCAAACAACUGAAUGUCCAGAGUCCAAAUUUGCAGCUAUCUUGACUUUCACUGCAACUGAAUGAUGCUAUAAUAGCUCUCUAGUCUUUUACUCAAAAUAAUGUUUUAUCUCAAGAUUCGGAAUUGCUCCUGAAUUAGAAAUGUGCCUUUUGAAGAUGAUGGACAAGUUCAAAGAGUCAUUGAGCCAAUGUAAUAAAUACCAACCAGAUACUUCCAAUGCUGCUCAUGGUGAAGUUAGAGAGUAGACUGUGUAAUAGACAUAGAAGUAUUUACAAUAUAUAAUGUAUAAUUCGUUACAUUAUACAGUCACUGAUGUACAAAUGGUUUACAUUUCUGAAUCAUAAAUUGAAUGUAUGCGAGUCAGAAUAUAUCAGAUCAACAUUUUUCUACUUUUGUAGAUGUGUAUAAA